AUGCCUCAAAAGCACUCUCGCCCUACUUCCAAACAUACAAAGAAAUCCCUACCUAAUCGACCAUCCACCAAACCCCAUACUGAAUCAUCCCCUCCACCGCAAGCCCCACCAUCACCACCCCUAAUCCUCCCGCGAGAAAUCCAACAAUCCAUCCGCGACAUCUACAGCACCACUUUCUUCCCUCCUCCCAAAACCCCGACCCUCACAGCUCUUCCUGAAUCUACACCUACACACGGCUCUUCCCCCACCACCAGCGCCGAUAGUGCCUCUAUCGCUCCGCCCUUGCCCUCUUUAGACGAAACAAAGACAACAAUACAGCAAGUGAAGACGCACCUGUAUAACAGAGACUUCGAGCGCGCUUUUGGGGCGGACGAUUUCAGGAGAGCGUACGCGGCGAGAUGGAGUCCAGGGAGAGCGGCGGGGUAUGCGGCUAUUUUUGGGGAGGUUGAUUUGUUUGGGCUGAGGGGGGCUGGCUUGGGUCUUGGAGGAUGUGGGGAAUUGGGGAUUGGCAAUGGGGAAGGGGAUGGUGACGAUGGCCAGAGGGGUCAUGUAGGGGGAGAGACAGGGGGGGAGACAAGUGGUGAGGAGGGGGUGAAGGUUGUGUGUGUAGGGGGAGGUGGAGGAGCUGAACUCGUGGGCUUAUCGAGCUACUUUCACCAGCAUGGUAGCAAUGGCGUGAAUGCGGGGAAAGGAAAAGAGAACGAGGGAGGGAAGAAACAAAGGGUGGUGGAUAUCACACUCCUCGAUAUCGCAGACUGGUCAUCCAUCACCGCUGCCCUCACGUCCGCCCUCACCUUCGCCGGCCAAUCAUUCCUUCCCUCUCUGAGAACCCGGUUUGAAAAGCAAGACAUCUUCACCUUAUCCUACGAGGAAAUCGAGCGCCUUUUUACAGGCGUGCAGCUCGUGACGGUGGGUUUCACGCUUAAUGAGCUGUACACGACGUCCUUGAGCAGGACUACGGCCUUUUUGCUAAGUCUGACCAACGUGCUGGAGCCCGGCGCUGGCUUGUUGGUCGUGGAUGGCGCGGGGAGUUAUGCUAGUAUUAAUCUGGGGAAGGGGGAGAGGGUUGGGGAAGGGAGAAAAGAGAAGAGAUAUCCGAUGGGUUGGCUGGUGGAUAGGACGUUGCUUGUUAGUGCUGCCAGUGGGGAGGGGGGCGGGGAAGGGGAUGGGGAAAAAGGGAGGGGAAAGAAGGCGAGGUGGGAAAAGGAGCUGUGUUGGGACAGUAGAUGGUUUAGGCUCGCUGAGGGGUUGAGGUAUCCGUUACCUCUGGAGGAUAUGCGGAUGCAGAUGCUUUUAUAUCGAAGGGUAUGA